AUGGAAAAGCCCGUCAAGUACAUCAAUCACGAGGUUGCUGAUACCUUAGACUCGACGAAUGCCUUCGAAGGCCCCGAAAAGCUCUUGGAGAUCUGGUUCGCUCCGAAAGAACCCCAUGUCUCCGCCAUGGCUCAGCCUCGGCAGGGUUUGCUUGCAGUCCCGCGCCAGGUCUGGGAAACCAUGCUCAACCUUGUCCAGUGCAAGGUAUUGAGUAUGCUUUCCUACGAGGGUCUCGACUCCUACGUCUUGUCUGAAUCCAGCUUCUUUGUGUAUCCUCAUGUUUUGAUUCUCAAAACGUGCGGAACAACCACUCUCCUCGAUGGGUUGCCCCGUAUGUUAGAGAUUGUUGCCGACUAUACCCGGACAAUUGAUCCCAGCCCUCUAAGGAUCUUUUAUAGUCGACGCAGUUUCAUGUUUCCUGACCGCCAAUUGCACCCGCACCGUUCGUGGGAAGACGAGACAGCGGUGCUCAAGCAGUAUUUCCCCGAUGGACAAGCCAUGGAGUUCGGAGCCGGAAAGGACAAAUGGUACAUGUUCUCUUGUGUACAGUCCCAGGUUGGCAAAACCUGCGACAAUUUCAACGACUUUUCGCUCGAGAUCAUGAUGACCGAUCUGGACCCGGCCGCAGCCAACCUUUUUUCGUUCGACGCUGUCCGGUCCUUGAACUCGCCUCCCGGCACUCCAACUUCUGCCAAUCCGAUGGAAAGCAGUAUGUUGUCGAUUGACUCCAUGGCGUCCUCUGUUGGUUGUGAACCCGACGACGAUGAUCCGGGACAUCACCAAGGAAACAUCUUGACCAAGGCGACUGAGAUUGAUGAAAUCUAUCCCACGGUUACUAACCAGGCGAUAGACUCGUUUGCCUUUGCGCCUUGCGGCUAUUCGUGCAACGGUGUCAUUGACGCCGAGCGCUACUUUAGUAUCCACGUCACGCCCGAGACGGGGUUCUCGUACGCUAGCUUUGAGACGAACGUUCCGCCUCAACGCUUUGGUAUGACCCACCUGGACGUAAUCCAAAAAGUCUUGAGUAUUUUCCGCCCGGCGAACUUUACUCUCGUGUUAUUUGAAGAAGGCAAGCCGAAACUUGGCUUACCUGCCGGGCUUUCUGACAAGUAUUCCCCUACCUGUGAAGUUAGCCAGUCUGUUGGUAACUACAAAAUGUGGUACCAGACUUAUCGCCUUACUUAG